AUGUCUCCGCCCCCCGACGUCGCGAUGAGCUCCCCUCCAGGUCCAUGCAUGAUUGACCGCGUCCCAGAUGAGAUUCUCAUCCAGAUCUUCCGCGAUCUCCUCACCGGAAGCAUGGCGACAGGCGACACCAAUCCGGAGCAGGCGGUCGCAGCAGAGGAAAACGUGGAAAACGCGCCGCUCUGGUUGGAGCACUGCGUCGACAUUCCGCGCUUCCACAUGACCAAGAAAACCCCCGGAUGGAAUCAACUGCCAGACCCCAUCCUGGCGGACUUAUUGACGUCACCUGCUUCGGCCGAAGAAAUGGAUGAGCGCCUCGAAACGACGCCUCGCCCACCCGCGGCGCGCGCUACCCAGGCCAAGCAUAUCAAGGACUGGCUCAUCGUCAAUUCCACCUGUCGACGCUUCCGACGACUGGGCAAGCCCAUCUUCUUCGCUGAGAAACGCAUCAUGAUGUCCGCAAAUCUUGGCGAAAGGCUUCAGCAAGGACUGAGCUUUCUCGACCAGCCCGCCGAGCAGCGAGCCGACGAGUAUGUGCGUCAUCGAGUAUACGCGCUUGAAGAACUUGCUGCGAGGCGUCUUAGGAAGGAAGAACGCAAGGGGCGAGAUCUUAGGAAUGAGACAUACACUAAAGACACGUCCAAGCCCGAGAUCAAUUGGGGACCGAUGAAACUGCUUGGUCUCAGCGUCACAGAUCAAGCCCUCGCUCUUGCCGAGACUCGAGAAAUCAUUCUGCUGGGAACACGACUGACCACCCCAUCUAUGCUUGUCGGACUGCCAAAAUUCCUUUCUGCGUUCCCUAGACUGCGCAGCUGCUGGCUGAUGCUGGGAUACGAAUCGGAAGCUGAGAGCGGGAGAUUCAAAAUCCAUAGAGCCGACAGCGAGAACGGAGAUCACGUUUGCGGCAUCGCUGCACGGAUGAGAAACCUGCUCCUCGACAUCGGACUAAACCCAUCGUUGGAACUGGCCUUCGCGGUCAGCGAAUCGUAUCUGUGGGAAGCGCAGGAGCACUAUCUGACGAACGAGACGUUCCACUUGCUGAGGGUCAAGAGACAGAUGAUGCAACGGUCAAAGCGGCUGGAUCUAACCCCAGACGGAGCUUGA